UAGGUGGAGCGAGAAACAUCAGAGCUAUCAACUCAGUGGCGGUCGAGCUGUCUGGAGAAAAAUAGAUCUAGUCAGUCAAAUGAACUCUGGCUUUAAAGAUUCCGCGGAACCUCAAGCGCAGAAGAGAAAAAGGGACGAACAUGAGCACGCAGAACCAAAAUUAAAGGGUAAAAAGGCAAGGCAAGAUAGAAGUCCAUCGGUCGAUGAAACACCAGCUUCCCCAGUAUCAGUCAGCUCGGCGGUAGGCAACAGAGACCCGGCUGACUGCCCUAGAUCCGCCUCGGGAUUUUCUGAAAGUAGUUCCUCUAAGCUGCAAACUGUUAUGAGUAAUCCACCUCAAGGUAUCAAUGGAUUAUGGCAUCUCAGUGGAGCAACAGCUGAGGAUAUGUCGACAAUACAACGCGAGCUAAGGCAGGUGAUGGACAACCCUGCGCACGUUGAAGGAACAUAUGCAGAGCACCAGGAUGGAGACGAUCGCCUACAAAAGCAAGUCGAACAGCUCUGUGGAAACUUGAGCAGUGUAGUACGGGAAUAUGCGCGACUCAACGAGGAACAUGGUCAGGCUCAAGCAAGUCUGCAGAAGAUGGCUAAAGAAAUGCAGCAUUUAAGGGAGGUGGACAUUGGAUUGCGCGAGGAAAAUGGACAUCUUCAAGAAGAGCUCCGGAAAAUGAUAGCAACAAUAAGCGGUCUUAGGCAUGAGAGUGAUGAGGCCAAGCGCACUAUUGCUUCAAUACAUCAUGCCCACAACGAGAGGUCGGAGAGAGAGUUUCAGACAAUGAAAGACGAGCGUGAUUUAGCCUUACACUCUGCCCAGGCUGCGAAUCGCGAGCUUGGCGAUCUCAGGAAGCACUUAGCUGGACUUGCAAGCUUCUCGUCUGUGAAACUAGAGUCUUGAUUGCCGCUGGCUAUACGUGUGGAAAUUCACAAAACAAAUCGCAAUACCAUAGUCUUGUGGCACCCCCACGGACUAACGAUUCCAUAUCUAUGGUAUAACUUACUGGGCAACGAAACGUUACACUUACCCCUUGUCGAAUUCGUUUGAAACACUAC